UCUCGUUUAUAGGCAGCGGACCGAGUCGAUCGCAAUAUUAUAUAUAUACGUGUAUAGAGACACGCGGCUCGGCGCGAGCGCUCCAUGUACACUACCUUCUCUUUCCUGUGAGGCCCGUCAAGCGCGGCGUUGCUGCAUUACUCACACACACACACACACAAUACCGAACGCGCACACAUAUAGACACGGAGAUCUGCAUCUGUGUAUAUAUACCUUGCCUGUGCAGUGUAGGAGCCCGGGACCUUUUCGCUCUCGACGAGUGCGCGUACUUGGUGUGUCCGUGUGCUGCUAUACUACUGUGCGAGUGAGUGCGAGCUACCAAAAUGGCGGCAAUUUACUCCUACUACGAUCCCUUGUACUAUUGUUAUCGCCGUCUGCACUACGCCGGAUGCUGAGAAAGACUCUCACUGCUCACCGCAGUGAUAACAAUUUUCGUCCUCGUUUGUUCGUCGUCGUCGUCGUUGUUGUUGUUACUUGUUUGUUGUAUAAUAUAUCGAUGUAAUAUAUCUAGUGCUCGCGUGCGAGGUGAGAUAUACCAUUGGAAGCUCUGCAAUUAAAUCGUUAUAUGAAUCGAGCUGUGCGAGUGCGUGUGACAAUCCAAAAAACAAGCGGAAUAUAAAGCCUCUGUUGUUCGUGUGCCAUUAUCACAUAAAAAAAACGACGAGCCUGCUCGAUCAACGAGCAAAGGAAAAAAGAAGAAGAAAAAUCGGCUCUCGAGCUCUCGUCUGCAACGCGAGUGCAUCCAGCGAUUCGUCGUCGUACGCAGAGUGUGAAGAUCGUCUCGUAUUAUAUAUGCGUAUACGCGAGUGUAUGUGUACAUGUGUGCGGCUGAGUUAAUGCAUCGCUGAACACACCUCAAAAAGGGCCUCAACCGAAGGAACGAAUCUUGCCGGUCUCCAUGAUUCGAGGGGAAGCCAGCAAGUUCGUAGCAGUAGUAGUAGAAGAAGAAGAAGCAAGGGAGAAACAGAGGAAAAAGCUGCACGCGUGAGUCGGCGACUACAUCGCCGCUGAGUGAGCGAGAAAGAAGGAAAGAACGGGGCAAAAAACAAUCAUGGAUAAACAAGCGGUGACGAUGCUGCUAUUACUGUCGCUUUUGGCUUUCGCGACACACUUGAGCGAGGCUCACGUGGCGCUCACGUUCCCACGUGCUCGUACUUAUGAUCUCGAUUUUCUCGAUAGCGCCAGGACUCCGGGCCCCUGUGGAAUGCCAAAAGGUGACAUCAAGACUACUCUGCUGGCUGGCAGUAGUUUCAACAUUACUUGGCAUCUCGCCUAUCCACAUAAGGGAGGAUUCAGACUUCAUAUUUUAGAUGCAAUGGGUAGGCAAGCAGUCGACCUCACUCCACGCACCAAGGAAUCUGAUUUCAUUGAAAACGAUGCUACGGCCCAAAGUUAUGCAGUUGAGCUAUCUAAAAACUUUACGUGCACCGAUUGUACCAUUAGAUUGCUUCGCAAAGCCUCAGAGUGGGGAGACAAUUACAUGUUCUGGUCUUGCGCUGACAUUGAUAUUGUCGAGAAAAAGGUAUACAGAGAAACGUGCAGCAAUCACGGCCGUUUCAUUUCGAACCGCUGCAGAUGCGAACGACUGUAUCACGGACCUCGAUGCCAGUACAAGGAGGAAUGCUUGGAUAACGCGGACUGUGGCACGCAGGGUGUCUGCGUCACAAACGUGGCCACGACCUCGCCUGCCAACCACUGCUACUGCCAGGUGGGAUGGUUCGGACCGAACUGCUCGAAACGCUCGCCGGUAAAAAACAUCGACCUCGACCUGGACGCGUACUCGAUGCGACGAUUCUCCAGCGAUUUCACUUUCUAUUGGCGCAUACUCAAGGACACCCAAGAGUUCGAAGGUGUCGCCGUUGUGAACAGCACUACCUGGGUCGGUGUGGGCUGGCGCCCGAGCGACCUCACGAAGAGCUGUCGCGCCAUGCCGGCGAUUCAAGAUCGCAACGCAGCCAAGAAAAGUACUCCCGAGCCGUUGCCGCGACCGGAGCCCAAGAGCGAGCCCGAGCCCGAACCCGAGGCGCACCCCGAGCCGGAGCCCGAACCCGAGCCACACGCCGAGCCAGAGCCCGAGCCCGAACGAACUCAAGUCAGGUCGAAUAACAACAAGCGUUCGGCUAAGCACGAGGCAGUCGUAAACGAUGACGAUGUCACGGUCCAAACCAGCGUGACGUAUCACGUUAGCUCCAAGAAUGGUCGAAAGAAGAGAACGCCAGAGCCAGCGCAAAAACAAAAGACCGGGGAACCAGCCAGCGAGCCCGAACCUACCUCAGAGCCAGAACCUAUAUCCGAGCCAGAGCCAAAUUCCGAACCAGAACCUAGCUCAGAACCCGAACCCAAGUCCGAGCCUGAACCUACCUCGGAACCAGAACCUAAAUCCGAGCCAGAGCCUACGUCUGAACCAGAGCCUAAUUCUGAACCCGAACCAAGUUCAGAGCCAGAACCAAAAUCUGAGCCAGAGCCUACCUCGGAACCAGAACCUAAAUCCGAACCGGAGCCUAACGCAGAACCUGAACCCAACGCAGAGCCCGAACCUAACGCAGAACCAGAGCCCGAAUCCGAGCCCGAACCAAAAUCCGAACCUGAACCUGAACCUAAAUCCGAGCCCGAGCCUAAGUCUGAACCCGAACCCAAAUCGGAACCCGAACCUAAAUCUGAGCCAGAGCCCCAUUCGGGAGGGUCGAAACAGCAAACUAAGGCGAAACAAGGAUCGCCCAAAGAAUCGCUUGGCAAGUACACGCCGAAACAUGAUUUCCAUGCCAUGGACUGUACGGAUAUCGUGAUUGGCUCGGCUCGAGGCAUGGCGCAUCGAAUCGGAGAUUAUUACACGCGCGACAGGUCGACGCCACGUCUCGACUCGUUCUGGGGCGGUAAGGACAGUCUGACCGCUGCCAUGGGAUUCGAGCGAGACGGAGUCACGACAAUAUUAUUUAGGCGGAAACUUGCUGCCGACGAGCACUUCAGUGACCACGAAAUUGCCGACGCAACUAUGCAGGUAAUUUGGGCUAAAGGCCAAGAACCUGGCAAAUACAUUCACCAGCCACCGAGCGGUAUCGAGAAGAGUAAAGUUAGUGUCAAGGACUUUUACAAGACCGAUGAAUUAAAAUAUCACGGACACAGGUCUCAGCGAGGCAUUGCCAGCAUCAACUUUUUUGAGGAUGAGAGUGACAAGAAGAACAGUAGAGAGAAAGACCACGAUGAGUGCAGCGGCGAAUGGAAUUACCCGAAGCAGUGUUCGGUAGAAAAUUACACUUGCGAAUACAGCGUGAGAUGGGUCUACAAUUCGAAAAAGGAGGAGAUAUCGUUCACGAUAGUGACCAAGAACGUCGAUAACUGGACGGGCAUAGGUUUCUCGAAGGACGAAAAAAUGACGAAAACCGACGCCAUUCUUGGAUGGGUCGACAAAACGAGCGGCCGGCCAUUUAUAAGCGACACCUGGAUCGACAGCUACGGGGCUCCAACCCUCGAUUCAUCGCAAGACAUCUACAACACCAGUGGACGCAUCGAACACGGCCAAACGACCCUAAGAUUUACGAGAAAGAGAGUAACCAAAGACGAAAACCGUGACUUAUUCUUCACGGACGAGCAAUGUCUCUACUUGAUGUACCCCAUUAAAGGAGGUUCCUUCCAUCCUGUAAAUAAAAGAAUCGGCAAACAUCAAGAAACGCCGAUAGUGUCGACGCGAAAAUUGUGUUUCAAAUCAACGUCGGUGUGCAAUCUUGAUGAUAAUAAUGAAUUAGCCACACCAGUUCCGCCUACUAGGAUAUUCUACGAUUUCGAAGUCAGACUGACAAAUCUUGGAGUCGGAUACAAUGCUCCACCGCCAGGAACGGACAGUUUCCAGGACAUCUCAAAUACAAUUACCGAUAGUUUCACUCCAGCACUUCAGAAAGUCCCUGGUUUCCAUCAUCUGAAGCUUAGCGAAUUGAAAAACACUGGCGACGACGGCGUUAUCGCGAAAUUCCGCCUAGCCAUGGACAAGAUAAAGGGUCGCAAGAUAACGAUCCCUUCGGAAGACCAUACAGCUGACCGCGCCAAAGCCGUCUUAUCGAAGUCGCUCAGCAGUGGAAAAGUCGGUGCUCUCUCGGUCGACCCGAACUACCUGGUGCUCCGCUCCUAUCAAUCCGAUGCCAACGACUUGGAUAAGGAAGGAAGCGAGAAUACUCUCGCGUCUGGACUAUUGAUAGGCCCCACGAAGCUCUACAUCGUCAUCGGCUGCUUCGUGGCUCUUUUGCUUGUCGCUCUCCUUCAAGUUACCUGCACUAUUUACAAAACUUCGAAGAAGCGCACCACCAAGGACCGACUAAUCGGUAAAAACGGCUGGGUGGAUUACUCGACCUCGGCAAACACUAAUUUCGCCUUCGAAGCCUUCGAAACGGAAGAAAAGUCACCACCGCCUCCCGUCUCGAGUCUCAGCCGACCUCGUGAAAUGAUGAUGAUCAGCAACGGCCACCAUCCCAGCAACGGCGACACGAACACCAAGAGCGUGAACGGACACUACAGCAAUCAUCAUCACUCGCAGAUGAUGUCGUCGCCGCAGCAGCAGCCGCAGCUCAAUAUCCCGGGUCAGCGCAACAGCGUGGCGAUGAUGCCGCCGGGACCCAGGGCCACCUACAGUCUGCCGCGAGGCCCCCGACCAGGCAACGGCGUGUCCUCGAGUCCGGGUGUCGUGGCCGCUGGCUAUUAUACCCAAGACAGGCGCAACGCGCCGCGUUACGGCAACGGCAAGGCCGGUCCCAACGGCCACAAUUCGCAGAACCAGCCGGACUUUUACUUCAUGCCGAGUCAGAGAAAGUACAGUGGCGAGGUUGUGCGCGUUUACGUUGAUUACGCCAAUCAAAAAACUAAAUGAACACUGCGAUGCCGUCCCCUCUCAUUACUCCGUCAAGUGCCCAAUACAUAAAUAUACAUAAAUAAAUAUUUACGUAUAUCAUUUCCGGUAUAUAUUACGCAAUGUAUAUCAAAAACUAAGUCUUGCGCGUCAUACUUAAUUUAUAACACGAAUGGAAAUUGUGCGUCUGUGAAUGUUCGUUAGUAGCACAUGCGCACCCUUUUCAAUCUUAGUUUCGUAUCGAUUUCUGUAUAUAAAAACCAAUUUAAUAAAAUAAUACCUCUAUAUUCAUUACUAUUAUUAUAAAAAUAUUAUGGAUAUUAUUGUUGAAAGUUCAUAUUCGAUAAUUAGGAUAUUUUCAUUACUUUGCUAUUUUUUAAUUUUAAUUUAAGAACAAAAAUUGAAAAGAGGAAGAAUCUUUAAGAUUAAAGAGGAAACUCUAGCCCCUAGUGUAGCUAAUUUAUAAACAUUGUAUGUUCACAGCCAGUCUCAAGAUGUAAAUUUGUUUCUAAGUUUAUUAUUCUCGAGUGUUGAAAUAAUUUAUCUUGUAAAUAGGCAACGCUCGAUGAAUUUUAACGUCACCGUGUACACUUUAGCGUGUACACGUGACGAAGAGAGCUUGCGUGUACAUUUUUUAUUUGAUCGACUCAUAGAUUAUAUUAUACGUUAAACAAAACUCAAAUGCGUGUAUAUAUACACACUAUAUUUAAAACAUGUAGCUAUGACAAAAUAAAAUCAAUAAAUUAUAUUUCACGAUGUUAUUGUUUAUAAAAUGAUACUAAAAAUUAUUGAGUACUAUACUGCUAUAUUUUGAACGGUCCAAUUCCGAUUUAUGUACUACCUUGGGUAAUUCAUUCGCUUAAAAAUGUUAUUUCU